CUGUGGAAGCGUUAGGAGUAGAGCACAGACUGAAUGGCAAUCACAUUGAAUACUGUACUAAAGGCCGGCAAUCAAUGCAUUCGCAGUGCAGUUGCAGUCAAUCACACGUUAACGAGAGUGCCAUCUGUUGGCCAACUCUUGGCACCGCUUUUACGGGCAAUACAUUUGAGAUUUUUACUAUUGGUCUCAAAUCCCAUCCAUUGAUACCAUUGAUGGCAACAAUGCGUGCGUUGAGUGGAUCUUGUCUUUUGCAGUCACGCAAUGCAUUGCGAGUUUGGACGCGAAGACAGUCGUCGUAUGAAUACGAUGUGAUAGUCAUCGGUGGCGGACACGCGGGUCAGUCAUCAACGAAGACACUACCGAUGGCUAUACUAACGGCAUUGAAGCGGUCGGUGCGGCCUCUCAUGUCAUGCAAUCCAGCCUUCGGUGGUAUAGGAAAAGGGCAUCUCAUGAGAGAAAUCGACGCAAUGGAUGGCAUUUGUCCCAAAAUAUGCGAUCUCUCUGGCAUUCAAUACAAAGUGUUGAACAGAAGUAAAGGGCCGGCAGUUUGGGUACGAAUCCAAUCAACAGAUUUAAGAGAGUAUUUAAUUUGCAUUAUAUUUAUGCUACAAAAGGGAUAUCGGGCACAGAUUGACAGAUCAUUAUUUAAGAAACACAUGCAAAACCAAGUAUUAAAUAACACACCGAACCUCACCAUUAAAUGUUGUUCAGUGGAGGACUUGAUUAUCAACAAAACUGGUGAUCGACUUAAAUGCGAGGGAAUUAUUACAAGUAUAAGCUUUAGAUACGGUUUACAAAAAUACAAUCAAUUAAUUCAACUAUUUUUCAAUGAAGACGACGGACAGCGUAUAAGCAGUCGGACAGUAGUGUUAGCGACGGGAACUUUCCUGAGGGGACAAAUCAAUAUCGGUCUCGACUGCUAUCCCGCCGGAAGGAUAGGAGAUGAACCGGCAAUAGGUUUGGCGCAAACCAUUGAAAGUGCGGGCUUUAAGAUGGGACGACUCAAAACAGGAACUCCUCCAAGAAUUGAUAGGAAAACAAUUGAUUUCAGUGGUUUAGGCCACACAACAGGCGACAGACCUCCGCUCCCCUUUUCAUUCAUGAAUGACAGCGUUUGGAUUGAUGAAAACAUGCAAAUGAAAACUUGGCUCACAUUCACAAACGAUAAGGUUUCGCAAUUUGUCGCAGAAAACGCACACUUGAGUCGACACGUGCGCGAAGAGGUGAGAGGACCCCGAUAUUGCCCAUCCAUUGAGUCCAAAGUUUUGAAAUUCAAAGCCAAACCACACCAGAUAUGGCUCGAACCCGAAGGUAACAUACAUUUACUAUUAAUUUACAUAAGCAGUACACGUGUAACCAAUAUAUGCCGUACAAUGAAAGGUCUGGACUCGGAUGUGAUUUACCCGAAUGGCAUAUCGUGUACAUUACCCGAAGAAAUACAACAGCGUUUGAUUAAUUUAAUCCCUGGUUUGGAAACUGCGCUAAUGUUAAGACCGGGAUAUGGCGUGGAAUACGAUCACAUCGAUCCGCGACAACUCAAACACACAUUAGAGACUCAACUCAUUGACAACCUAUUCAUGUCGGGACAGAUCAACGGCACCACCGGCUAUGAGGAAGCGGCCGCUCAGGGAAUAGUGGCCGGCAUUAACGCCGCCGCUAAAUGUCUCAACAAAAAGCCGUUAACUAUAAGCCGGACGGAGGGAUAUAUCGGAGUUCUUAUCGACGACUUGACCACUUCGGGCACUGACGAGCCCUACAGGAUGUUCACCAGUAGAGCAGAGUUUAGGCUUAUGUUACGUCCCGAUAACGCGGACCUCAGACUUACGCAAAAAGGU